AUGCCCCAGGCUCAUGUAGCCAUAAAGCCUUCUUCAGCCAAAUCGCUACUGCGCAUCUUCUAUGUCCACAAGGAUAUCACCCAACCCCAUUUCCUCCACAGCCCUGUGGUACUCCUCGUUGAACUCUUCAUCCGAGCCCACGUCUAUCUUCUGGUAGUAGUGUUCCUGCAAAAGGGCCAGCAACACCUCGGCCUUUUGCUGCUCGGUCAACUCGACCUGCUGCACGCCGGCUUCGCUCGCAGCCUGCUCGGCCGAGGCGUCAAACGCGGCCUGGAUUCGCUGGUUGACCUCGACCAACUUCCUGUUGCUGUGACCCAGGUCGGCCGUCUCGGCCAGCAGCUCCAGGCAGAUCAUGUGGCUGGGCGAGUAGCCGUAGACCUCCCACAAGGCGCGCAAGGCCACCAGCAGGCCGGUGUGGUCGCCGCACUUGCGGAACGAGUGCAGCAGCAUGCGCGUCAGGGCGCCCCGCGGCUGUUCGUUGGACCCUUCGGCGCUGAAAGUCCAAGUGGAGCUGACCAUGCGCGAGAACAGAUCCCUGCAGAUGGCUAUCUCGCUGUGUCGGAUCUCGUCCGUCACGGCCGACCAGUAGAGUCGGUUGACGGCGAGGGAUUUGAACAGCGCAAAGAAGGUAUACGCAUCCGGCUGCAGCAGGUGCUGCUCCGUCAAGCGGUUGUAGACAUCGCGCGCCUUUUCUCCUUGGCCCUCUUGGUUUUGGUUGAGCAUAAAUGCGUCGGUCGUGAUCUCGCACGACUGGAAGGCCACCCACAACUUCUCAAGUUUGGCGUGCAGGCGUCGCUCGCGGUAGUUUUCGGCCAUAAGCGAAAAGGUCUCAAGACUCGCCUGCGGAAUAAAGUGCAACCCCAGCCCCUUUGCGAUCUCGUCCUUGCUCUGAGGCGUCUGGAGCAAACGGAUCGGCCAGUCGACCAGCGCCUCCCGGCGGCGCAGCUCGACAAACGUUUUGCGAGAUUGGAUCAUGGCCCAUGCGAUCUGUUCACCCUUUUCGAGAUUCUCCGCUACUCCGGAUCUCAGCAUGGCGCCAAUCAGUCCGUUUACCUGCACCUUGGCGGCCAGGAUGCCCUUUGUCUGCAUGAAUUUGAGCACGCUCAGCGCCCCUUCGAGGUCGCCAGCGCCGAUCAGCCGCUUCAGCCACUUGCCCAUGAAGAAUUGAUUGGCAAUCUUGAGCGGCAGCCGCGUCUUGCCGCGCACGUCUAUGGCGCCCGAAAACAUCAUGUCGACAAAGACGUGGAAGGCAGUCUCGGUCUGCUUGGCCACCAGAAGUGCCGAUAUGACCUCGUCGUAGUCCUCAAUUUUCAUGUCCUUGCCGAGCAUCUCUCGCAGUAG